AUGCAAGUGGCUGGUGUACUGCUCAUGCUGACUGGACUUUUCACCAAAUGUGCUGCUGUAUUGGGCUCGAUACCAGAUGCCGUAAUUGGCGGAAUACUUGCAAUGGGAAUAUCUAUGAUAGCCGGUGUUGCAAUCGGGAAUUUGCAGAACGUUGAUUUGCGGCUGACUCGCAACGUCACGGUUAUGGGCACCGCCGUUCUCAUGGGGGCAGUGAUUCCUUAUCACUUUGAGAAAAACAGAAUUAAUACAGGAGUGAAAACUCUAGACGACUGCCUGAACAUGCUUUUGAGCAUUCAAAUGCUCAUAGCGGGAGUAAUCGCUUUUGUAUUAGACAAUACCGUACCAGGUAGUUUCUAGAU